AUGAGGGAACCGCCGGCCGGGGGCCUGUCGCCUUCCCGCCGAUGGCUCCUCUUCCUCUGGCUCGCGGCCGGCUCGGGCGGCUCCCCGUGCCGCUGGCCCGCCUCGCCGCGCGCUCUCUGCUUCUAUGGGCAGGUGCCCGAGAACAGCCCUCCGGGGACGCGGGUGCAAGGGCUGCGGGUGCCGCUGCGGAGGCUGCAGCUGCGGGCGCCGGCUCAGACGCUGGGAGCCGCGUGGGCCCUGGAAGGCGACGGCGCCUCGCACUUCGCCCUGCAGCUGCUCCCGGCCGGGGCUCCCCGUCGGCGGCCGGCGCUGCUGCUGCUUUUGCGCACGGCGGAGCGCUUGGACCGGGAGGCGCGUCCGCGCUACAGCCUGUCGCUGACGGGCCCCUCGAGGGCAGCGCUGCUGCUUCGGCUGCGGGUGCUGGACCGCAACGACCACCGGCCUCGCUUCCCGCCGGGCCCCGCGCCGCCCCUCGAAGUGGACGAGCUGGCGCCGCUGGGCUCCGAGGUGGCGCGCCUGCGCGCCCUGGACGCCGACGAAGGCGCCAACGCGCGCCUCACCUACCGCUCGUGGUCCGGCGCCUCCGACCCGGGCCGCCGCCUCUUCGUGGUGCCGCGCAGCGGGCAGGUGCUCACCGUGGGCUCCUUGCUCGGCCUGCGCAGCCUCAGCCUCUGGGUCUCGGCCCAGGACCACGGGCUGCCCCGGCCCUUGCGCAGCCCCGCCAGGCGCCUGGAGCUGGCGGUGAGGAAGAGGACCACGACGACGACGACCGCGCCCCAAGGCGCUGCUCCGUCGCCCCGCAGGGUCCGCGCCCUGGCCGAUUCCUCCAGCCCCGGCUACUCCAGCCCCGGCUACAAAGUCCGCGUCCCCGUCGGGGCGCCGGCGGGGGAGCUCAUCUUCACCGUCCCGGACACUCGCUACCAGGAGGCCGGCGGCAGCUGGUUCGAGAUGGUCUCUCCGGCCGCGGCGGGGGCUUUCCCGGUGGAGCUGGACAGGGGCUCCGGCCGACUGUCCCUCGUCCGGCAGCUGGAGAGGGGAGGCCGGACGGAGGUGGUGGUCAAGGUGCAUCGGACAGACGGGCAAGACAAUGACUGGUAUUUGUGCCGUGUGGUGAUUAUAGCUGUUGAAGAGGAGCUCAUCUCUUGGGAAAUGUAUCCAUACCCCUAUCUGGCGCGUGUUGAUCCUGACGCUCGAGCAGGCACAUCAGUCUAUCAGCUUGUUGCCCAUUAUAGCAGCAAUGAAAAUUCCAGUGUUGGGAUAUCCUAUGCUCUGAUUGCAGGUGGUGAGGAACGAUUUGAUAUAGAUAUGGACACAGGGGUCAUAUUGACAACUGGCUUGCCUUUAACUCUGAACCAGGAGUAUGUGGUCACCGUGCUGGCCAUUGAUGAAUAUGGCAGCAAAAGCCCAUAUGCUUACAUCUCUAUCCUGGCUGGCUCCAGGCCUCCUCAGUUCACAAAUAUGUCCUACAGUAUGCUUGUUCCAGAAAAUACUCCAGCAGGUGAAAAAGUGGCCGUUAUUGAAGCAGUCUCCUUCCAAAGCCAGCCUCUCUGUUACACUCUGCUGAUGAAUCCCAGUGGCUUGUUCAGCAUGGACCCAGAGACCGGCAAGCUAAGCUUGACUCAUACAGUGGACUACGAGAGCGAGCAUCACCUCUACCAUUUUUUAGUUAAAGCAAUGGAAGCCGAGAGUUUGCUCAGCAGCGUCACUGAGGUCAUAGUUCAUAUCACGGAUGAAAACGACUGCUCUCCUGAAUUUCAGCAAUCUAUUUAUAGCCGGGAAAGCAUUCUUGAAUCCAUCCCUAUAGGCACGUCUUUAUUGCAAGUUCUUGCAGUGGACUGUGACUCUGGAUCCAACGCCGAGAUCCUCUACUUCAUCCAGAGUGCGGAUUUUUCCAUCACGCCCGAGGGUGUCGUCAAUUCCAAUCAGCGGCUGGACUAUGAGCGAGCCAACCACAUGUAUGAGUUUGUGGUCAUUGCCGUGGACAAAGGGCACCCUCCUCGGACAGGGACGGCAUCCGUGCGAAUUCGCUUGGCAAAUGUGAAUGACGAAACCCCGGUGUUCUCCCAGUCAGUUUACAGAACUUUCCUCUCAGAAGAUGCCGGCCCUGGUACGUUAGUCGCUACCAUUCACGCAAAAGAUCCUGAUGGAGAUGGAGUGCUGUACUUAAUUACGGGUGGGAACGAAGAAGGCAAUUUUGAAUUGGAUAGCCAUAAAGGUAUCCUUAGACUUCGCAGAACCCCCCUGCCUAAACUGAAAAGCCCGCAGUAUGUUCUAAAUAUCUCUGCCAUAGAUGACAAUUCCUCGGGGGGACCACGAUCUCUCAGCAGCUUUGCAGAAGUCGUGGUGGAAAUUAAUGAUAUUAACAACAACAAGCCUGUUUUCAGGGAGUGUGCUUACUACAGUGACAGUACCUGGGUUCUAGAGAACCAGCCUCCAGGAACCUACGUUCUGCAGGUAGAAGCCUACGAUGCAGACUUUGGAGUGAAUGGAGAAGUGAAGUAUGGCCUCAUGCAGAGAGAAGGAGCUUCACCAGGCUUCAGUAUUGAUGCUGAUUCAGGUGUUAUCGUUUCGACUCGGAGUUUUGACCGAGAGAAACAGAAGGAGUAUACUCUCUCUGUGACAGCUACAGAUCAAGCUCAGGAGCCACUGAUUGGAGUGUGUAAAAUCACCAUCUUCAUUGCUGAUAUGAAUGACAACGAUCCAAAGUUUGAGAACAGCCGCUAUCAGUACUUCCUUCGUGAAGACACCCCAGUGGGGACAAGUUUCCUCCAUGCUGCAGCUUAUGAUGACGACCAGGGGGUAAACGCCGCCAUCACGUACUCCAUGUUGCUGCAGGAGCCAGAAUACUUCCAAGUCAGCCCCAGCACAGGCUGGGUGUACGUGAAUCUCGUAAUCUCCCAGACAUUUCAGAUCACAAGAUACAUCGUGGCCACAGAUGGAGGGAACCGGAGCAGCACAGUGGAACUGACCGUCACUGUAACAAACACACUUAAUCAGUCGCCGCAGUGGGAGGAAAGUGCCUAUUCGGUCACAAUCCCGGAGAGCACGAUUCGAGACACCAAGAUAGUGACUAUCAAAGCAACGUCCCCACUUGGUGACCCAAGGGUUACCUAUACCCUGGAGGAGGGCCAGGUUCCAGAGACAAACAUGCCUGUGCGCUUCUACCUCAAACCGAACAGAGCAGAUGGAUCUGCUUCACUUCUGGUUGCUGAACCUCUUGACUUUGAGACCACCAAGUUCUUUGCACUGAGCAUCAAGGCUCAGAAUGUAGCUACAAUCCCAUUGGCAUCUUUCACCACGGUUUGUGUUAAUGUCACAGAUGUCAAUGAUAACGUACCGUUCUUCACAUCUUCUACUUACGAGGUUUCUGUACCUGAGGGAGCAGCAGUUGGUACCUCUGUUGUGCAGGUUCUUGCUACGGAUUCAGACUCGGGGCUCCACGGAGAGGUCCACUAUUCAAUACUGAAGGAUGCUAGUGAAGAUUACCAAUACUUCAACAUUGAUUCCAAGUUGGGAGUCAUUUCUACCCAGGCAUCUUUUGACAGAGAGAAGAGAGGAUCUUACUUGAUUGAAGUUCAUUCCCAGGAUUCUUCUGAAUCAGCCAGGCCUGGUUUAUAUGGGCAGCCUAACUCAGAUACUGCGUAUGUGAGGAUUUUAAUUAGCGACAUAAACGACAAUGCCCCUGCUUUCCUGCAUUCGGUGUAUGAAAUUAAUAUAGAUGAAGAUGAGGAUGUCGGGUAUGCGCUUUUGACGGCAACAGCAGAUGACAAAGAUGAAGGAUCUAACGCCAAGCUCAGAUAUCAGAUCACUUCAGGAAAUGAGCGAGGAGAUUUUUACGUGGAACCUGAGAUGGGAACUCUGUUGAUUGCCCAGUGUCUUGACUAUGAACAAGAACAGCAUUAUGAGCUUCAGUUGGUAGCUUCUGAUGGAAAAUGGGAAAACCAUACCCUUGUCAUCAUCAAUGUAGUCAAUAAGAAUGACGAAGCCCCUGUCUUCUCCCAGGACGAAUACCACAGCAGUGUCUUGGAGGAACUUACUGAUCUGCCAGUAAUUGUUUUACGGGUUUCUGCAACUGACCCCGACCAGGAAGCUGACCAGAGUGCCCUUCGCUACUCAUUGCACGGCCAGGGUGCCCAAGCAGAGUUCACUAUCAGUGAGUACACAGGCGAGGUCACUGCAAAUGAGAAGUUAGACCGGGAAAAGCGGUCCGUGUGGCGCUUCCUUGUUCUUGCUACGGAUGAGGAUGGGGAGGGUCUAACCGGCUUUGCCGACGUCAUAAUUGAAGUGACAGACGUGAACGACAACCCGCCUCUUUUCCUUUGCACCUCGGACGGUUGCUUUAUGGGGCAAAUUCCAGAAGACGCCCCUGCUGACUCCACCGUCAUGGAGAUGUCGGCGGUAGACCUUGAUGACCCCAGAGCUGGGAAGAAUGCCGUGUUAACCUACAGUAUUAUUCAGAAUGUCCAAAAUGAGAUUAACCUCAACCUGUUCUCAGUUAACCCUGCUACUGGCACAAUCUACACUGUGUUGGGAUCCUUAGACAGGGAGAAAGAAGACCGGUACCUGGUGGUGGUUGAGGCGAAGGAUGGAGGAGGCCUGACUGGAACAGGGACUGCCACUAUUUUGGUCACUGACGUAAAUGACCACACGCCAACCUUCACGCAAAAGAUCUACACGGCCUUUGUCUCCGAGGGUGCAAGCCUCGGCGCUGAGGUUGCUGUGGUGUCAGCUACUGAUGGGGAUGAAGGAGAAAACGCUGUGGUGGCUUUCAGCAUCCUAGGUGGAGAUGAGGACCACAAAUUCUUCAUUGAGACAGACAAAGCAGACAAACGCGGUGUAAUUCGACUGAGGAAGCGGAUAGAUUUCGAGAAACCCCACGAGAGGGUGUUUAACUUGACCAUAAAAGCAGAGGACCUGGAUUUUUCCAGCAUAGCUCACUGCGUCAUCUACGUGGAGGACUCCAAUGACCACGCCCCUCUGUUUUACCCACAAUUCUAUGAGGUAGCAGGCCUAGCUGAAGAUGUCCCCCUCGGAACUAAAGUCGUCCAGGUUAUUGCUGUCGAUUUAGAUUCUGGGCUGAAUGGGCGGUUCUCUUACCGCCUGCUAAAUAAGUCGGACCCAAAUGGGAAGUUCUCUGUGGCUACUGAUGGCUGGGUCCUUGUGGCAGGUCUUCUGGAUUAUGAAACUGUGGCACAGUACCAACUCGUGGUCUUCGCUACGGAUAUGGGGCAGCCUCCCUUGAGCGGCAGUGCCACAGUCCUCGUAGCUCUUCAGGAUGUAAACGACAAUGGACCUGAGUUUGAGGCGCAGUACAGCCCAGUAGUUUGGGAAAACACUCCUUCUCCUCAGAUUGUCCAGAUGAACGAUACCUCGACGCUUUUGUACGCUAAGGACAGGGACAGCCCAGCAAACGGGGCGCCUUUCUCCUUUCACUUGCUGAGCGACUUCGGCAGCGUGACCUAUUUUAAUUUGCAAGACUUCAGCAACGGGAGUGCAAUGCUGACUGCAUUGCACACGUUCGACAGGGAGGUGCACAAGGUAUUUGAACUGCGGGUUCUCAUUGCUGACAGCGGGAGCCCCCCCAUGAGCUCAACCAACACAUUAACCGUGAAUAUCGGAGACCGAAAUGACCACCCUCAUGCUGCUGGCUUCAUGGAGUGCCUCAUCUACAGCUACAAUGGUAUCCUACCCACAACUGUAUUGGGUAAGAUUCAUGCCCCAGAUAAUGAUGACUGGGACCACAAGACGUAUCACUUUGAAGGGAAAGCACCCAGGUAUUUUAUCCUGAAUGACAAUUCUGGCUUACUAAGUAUCAAAGAAGGAACUCCUUCAGGAACGUAUGACAUAAGAGUGAAAGUUACAGAUGGCAUCUGGCCUGAUGUGGUCUCCACUGUAAGGGUGGUUGUGAAAGAAAUCAAGGAAGAAGCUGCCCACAAUGCAGGAUCUAUCCGAAUAAGAGAUAUCACUGCGGAGGAUUUUAUAUAUCAGUCAUCCGAGAGUGAAAGUAAGUACAACCAAAUGAAGAAACUUUUUUCGGAAAUCAUACCAGCCCAACUCGAAAAUGUCCACAUCUUCAGUGUCUUGAACAGCCCAGGCAAAACACAAGGAGUAGAUGUGUGGUUUGCAAUUCAUGGAUCACCCUAUUACAAAGCAGAAAAACUUAACGGAAAUGUCGCUGUGUCCAAAGCACGGCUGGAAACCAUCCUGAAUAUCAGCAUCACACAAGUUGGCAUAGAUGAAUGUGCAACUGAAAACUGCUCUCAUAGCGCCGGAUGCACCAGCAAAAAUGAAUUCAGUGCUCUUCCCACGAUUACUUCUUCCGGAAGUGUUUUGCUGGCCUCCAUUACAGUACUGAGCAGUGCCCAGUGUACUUGUGAAGCUCGGGAGAGAAAGCACCAUUCUUGUUCCUCCUACCGGAUCAAUCCAUGCUUUAAUGGUGGUACCUGUACGGACACAGACCUGGGCUACAGCUGCAAGUGCCCCAUGGCUUUCCAUGGGCCUGAAUGCCAGCAGACGCAGCACACCUUCCGAGGACAUGGAUAUGCCUGGUUCCCGACCCUCAAGCCUUGCUUUCAGAGCCGUAUCUCACUCGAUUUCAUUACCGAAGCAGCCAAUGGACUUCUGCUCUACAACGGGCCCAUGGCACGCCUGAAGCCAGGGGAAGCAGAGGAUUUCAUUGCCCUAGAGCUCUUGGAGGGCGUUCCAUUGCUAACUUUGAGCCAUGGCUCGGGGGCACUGCUUCUGCAGCUGUCGGAGAAAGUCAAUGUUGCGGAUCGGCGCUGGCAUAACAUAAACAUAAUAAAUGAUGGAAAGAAAGUACAGCUGAUCUUGGACCACUGUGUAAAUGUCUCUAUUAUGAACAGCAUCGGUGCCCUGCAGGGAGUGUCGAAGGCAGAUAAAUCUGCCUGUAAAGUUUCUUCCGAGACUCCAGGAAGUGAGAGAUUUCUCAACGUUCACCAGCCUCUCCAGCUGGGUGGAGUAAAGAAGGCCCAGCCCUACCAUACGUCACAAAAGCAUUUCAGAGGGUUUGUUGGCUGCAUCCGGAAUGUUGUCCUCGAUAGCCAGGUAUACAAUUUAGAGCAUCCUGCAGAGUCCUUGAACAGUGCGCCAGGCUGCUCUCUGACUGAUGGGCUGUGCCAGAAAGCUGGGGUGUCUUCCUGUGGCACCCAUGGCAAAUGCAUUGGCGACUGGGGGUCUUUUAACUGCGACUGUUUCACUGGCUACACAGGAGCAAGAUGUGACAAAGCUCUUCCAGAAUGGACUUUUGGAAAGGAUAGUUGGAUUCACUAUGAACUGAAAACGCUGUUUAAUGCAUACAACACACGUGUCCAGCUUGCAGUACGCACAAGGAUGUCCUUCUGCACCCUUCUCAGUAUGGCAUCUUCGGAUGGAAGCGGAUACAUUAGAGUGGAGGUAAUUGGUGGACAUUUUGGUGUGAGCUUCAAUUUGGGAGACAAAGACCACACGCUUCAAUUAAGCACUGUGCACAUAGACAAUGGUCAGUGGGUUGAACUAGCCUUACAGCGGUAUCACAAUGAAUUUUAUUUGCGUAUCAAUGAUGGUGGAGGCGAUCACGAGACUUCGGCCAUUCUGGGAUCGAGCGGACAGUUUGAAAUGAAUUUGGCAAGCAUUGUGCUCGGAAACCGCCUUGCUAACGGUUCAGAAAGUGAUUUCCAAGGCUGUAUGAGGGAUGUCCGCCUGAAUGGCCAGCCUCUUCUUGUGGAUGGCAAAAGCACUGAAUACGGCUUCAUUGUGGAGCAGCAGGGAAUCACCAUAGGUUGCCAUUCCAGCUCUUGCAGCAGCCAACCCUGUUACAGCCCUUUCCACUGCGUAGACCUCUGGAGGAAGUAUGAGUGCAGGUGCCCAGCUGGCAAAGUGGAAGUGAUGGAUAAUCUCACGGGCCUGAAACAGUGCACAUCGUCGCCCUGUGGGCACUGGAACUGCAGGAAUGGAGGGACCUGUGUGGCCCAGUCCCGAGACAAAUACGUCUGCCAAUGCCCUGAAGGUUAUAAAGGGAAAUGGUGCGAAGUCGGCCCCGUGAAAGCAGGAAGACCCGUGGGGCUCAGCUCUGGUUCCAUCUUGGCUAUCAGCAUGUGCCUGCUUGUUUUUCUAGGUUUAUUAGUUUCCUAUACUGUGUGGAGUCAGUGGGGGAGAUCAAGAUUUCGGAAAGGAGGAAUUUACCACAUCCCUGAGGAACACGAAAGUUGGGAAGAUGUUAGAGAAAACAUCUUCCAUUAUAAUGAGGAGGGUGGAGGGGAGCAUGACCUGAGUGCUUAUAAUAUAGAUGCAUUGAAGCAACCUCUACAAAGUAUACCUCAUCUUUCCUCAGGAAACACUGCUUCACUCCUCAGAUCACAUUCUGGACCACAAAGAAACCCACUUGUGAAUCACACAUGCCUGAAAGAAUCUUCUUCUUUGGUCCCAGACCUCAAGUAUUAUGUGUCUCAAAUACAACAGGAUGCAGACAAAGAUUUGCAGAGCCUUCCAGCUGAUACUGUGCAAGUUUAUUGCCGAGAGUGCCAACACUCUUUGAGUGGAAGCUUGCGUUCCUUGGACCUCUCCAGCAUAGAAGAAGAUCUAAAUUAUAAUUACCUCCAAGAAUGGAGACCAAAGUUUGUAAGGUUAAAAGAGCUCUAUGAACUUCCAACUGAACAGUUGUUAAAACAUGGGAGACAGGAACCUAGCACAUCGCUGUGUGAUGGAUCCUACUCCUAGGAGAGCACACUUCAGAAACAUUUUAGUAUUUUAUUUAACAAUCCAAUUUUAGUUCUAUUUAUUCAUGCUGGUUAUUUGGGAACGGUAGUGUGGUUGAUCUCCUCACCUUCCCUUAAAUUAUCUGUAUACAAUAUUUUAGUGUCUGUUGUACAAAUAACAUUAGAGGGAUAUUUGUUGUGAAGCUUUGAAAUGCUUUGAAAUGAAGGAAUUCUGUAGCACUGAAGAGUAGCCUUUAAAGUACCUGUAACGUGUGAAUCUCUAGUAAUAAUCUAGAUGUGCAAGUAAAUUUCCACCAUAUUGUAUUAUUUAACCCUCUUAAUGCUAAAUGUUUUGUGUAGAUAUUGUAAAAUACAUUUGUUCACUUGCCCCUCUCUUUUUGUACUUGGGCGUCAAUAAAAUCUUCACUCAUUUUUCUAAAUAAGGGGAAGAAAAUAACAGCUGGGCGGCAGCA